CACAUGCGCAGUGCACCGCCGGCCUCUGUAGCGAUGCAAAGAUGGCGUCCUUAGUGGCUAUCUGCAAUGCACGUUUACUCAACUCUGUAGGACUGUCUUCUGGCCACCGUCGGGCUUGGUCGCUGCUUGCCUCGGCUAGACAUGGAGAAACCUGUGCCACGGCGAUCUUGGGGAUACAACGGUGCAGGAUAGGGGGCGACUUUGGCUGUUUGAGACCUGAAAAUGCAGUGACAUUGAGACUCACAGGACUGAGGUCCCCCCAUGUCAGCAGUAGUCACUCCUUCCACACCAGCUGCUCCUCAGCUAACAAACAGGACUUGUAUGAUGUUCUGGGGGUGCCUCGCACAGCCACUCAGAAAGAGAUCAAGAAAGCCUACUAUCAGAUGGCUAAGAAGUACCACCCAGACACCAACCAGGAUGACCCUCAGGCCAAGGAGAAGUUUGCCAAGCUGGCAGAAGCCUACGAGGUGCUGAGUGACGAGGUCAAGAGGAAGCAGUAUGACACGUACGGAGCGGCAGGCUUCGACCCCAGCCAGGCGGGAGGGGGGGCGGGGGGACAGCAGUACUGGAGGGCCGGGGGGGCCAGCGUCGACCCAGAGGAAAUGUUCAGGAAGAUCUUCGGGGAGUUCACAGGAGCGCAGGGUUUCGGAGACUUCAACAGCAUGUUUGAACAGAGGCCAGAGUUUGUGAUGGAGCUGACGUUCACCCAGGCAGCUAAGGGAGUGAACAAGGAGAUGACAGUGAACCUGGACGAUGCCUGUCAGAGAUGUGACGGUAAAGGUAGCGAGCCAGGAACCAAGGUCCAGCACUGUCACUACUGUAACGGCACCGGCAUGGAGUCUAUAAACACCGGUCCCUUCAUGAUGCGCUCUACGUGUCGACGCUGUGGUGGGCGGGGCUCCAUCGUGACCACGCCCUGUGUGAUGUGUCGCGGCUCGGGGCAGACCAAACAGAGACAGACCGUCACCGUGCCUGUACCCGCAGGAGUAGACAAUGGACAGACUGUACGAAUGCCAGUGGGGAAGAAGGAAAUCCACAUCACAUUUAGAGUCCAGAGGAGUCCAGUGUUCAGACGUGAUGGGAUCAACAUCCACUCUGAUGUCCACAUCUCUGUAGCCCAGGCUAUUCUGGGGGGCUCUGCUAGAGCACAGGGACUCUACAACACCAUAGAUAUACAGAUCCCUCCAGGUUGCCAGGCCGACCAGAAGAUCCGUCUUCAGGGAAAGGGGAUCCAGAGGAUGAACAGCUAUAGUUAUGGAGAUCACUACGUUCACAUCAAGAUCAGAGUACCUAAGAAGUUAACCCGUCGACAGCGCUCCCUGCUGCUGAGUUAUGCAGAGGAGGAGACUGACGUGGAGGGGACUGUCAACGGAGUCACUGCUGCUACCACAGGUAAGAGAUCAACAGGACAAUAAUGGGAGACGGUAAGCGAUUGGCACUCUGUCCCGCUCACUACCCUCCCUCACCUACCGCCUGGAUAGAGGGAGAGAAAUUGAGGGGUUUGGAUUUGUUGUAAGAUCAUCCAUUUAGACACGGAACGGGCCACCAAGAAAGCCAAGCCCUGCCACACACUGUUCAGUCCCAAAUGACACAGGUGUUGAGGAACUAAAAACUCAUUUCACCUGGAGGGGAUUCAAAAUGGACAUCAGCAAGGAGGACAGGAGAAGAUUUGCAAAGAGAAGCGAAGACAAUAAUUUGAGAAAGCUUUUCAGUGAGUGUGUUUCAGAUACACAAAUUCUGCACAGAUGAUCAGGACCUGUAUUCAGAGUAGGAGUGCUGAUCUAGGAUCAGUUCCCCGUAGUCCAUUCAUUUUAAUCUGAGGCAAAACUGAUCCCAGAUCAGCAUUCCUACUAUGAGACGCUUUAUGAAUACGGGCCCUGAUCUUACAAUGGCUGGUCUGGAGAAGUGUCUCAGGAACCACAUCCAUAAGAGAGUGUUUGUAUAAUCUGUGCAGAAUGUGUCUAGAACACACCCAUUGGCAUCAUGUUGUGGUCUGAUAAAGGCUGAUGCAUUUAGUUGUAUUGUCAUUGUGGUGUUGUAUGUGUAAGGGACAACACAGCUGUGCAAGACUUGGUUAAUAAAAUACAACUUCAUCAUACAUAAAAA